GUCUACACUCUGCAGGAAAUUAUACGAACUACAAAUCAUAAACAAAUACACGUCAUCCGUCAAUUGCCCUAUCUGCUUCAGUUAAUUCAGCUACCAAAAUCAAGUGCUUCAGCCUUUCAAACCGGCACAAGAAAAUGUUAUCUUUUAUCAGUGCAAAAUGUGGUUUUUAACGUUGUUUGCCUUCGGGCUGUCUUUCGCGGCAGUUCACGGAAAUGAUUACAUUUUCCUCUUCAACGCUACCAAAUUACCGAAUAAAGCUGUAACGCCAACGUUAGCAAAUGGGCAUCUCGGUUUCGUAGUGUACGGGGAUUCCAUCCAUCUGAAUGGUGUUUACAAUGGUUUGAAAGGAGUGAGCCACCGCGCACGAAUCCCAAACUUUGCCAACAUACAGCUUGCAAACUGUUCGUCAAUGCAAACGCAACCGAAAAACUGCCGCUAUCAGUUGGAUAUGAAAAGUGGCAAGUUCCGAACAACGUUGGAAGAUCCUGCCGGUGGCUACAGGGUGCUGCAUGAAGUUUAUCCUAACCGACAUUUCGAUCAAACGAUCGUAAACCGAAUACACAUUCGAAGGUUGAAAUCGAAACAGCUGUUGGAAAUAGAAACCCGCCAACUGAUGGGAUCAAAGAGCGUGGAUAUGCAAGUAAACCCAUUGGAAAAUCUUAAUGUCGACGGCGAAGUAUAUCAGCUGCUGUGCGGCAGGACUAAGCAGGUCGAAGAUCCAAAAUAUCAAACGGAAGGACAUCAGGUGUGCAUUGCAUACAAACAAAUUCCUCGUACCUUGACUCUCACAGCUGAGGAAACGGAUCGUGAAUAUAUUUACUUGACGGUUUUCUCGCACUCCCGCGAAGAAGUCGAAAAAGAACUGCACGGUCUCAAAACCAACGAUCACGAAAGGAUGCACCGUGUUGAGAUGGAUCGGGUGUGGCAAAAGUAUGGCAUUCGUGUAGAAGGAAACGAUCGAUUAGAUCGAGUUAUUAAAGCAAGUGCAUUCUACCUUUCGAGCUCACUUCCCUCUCAGUCGUCGUUUCAACCGAACAGCUAUUCAUUCUACGGCCUUUCCCCGUCAGGGUUAGGUCGUGGAGGGAAGGAACUGGCCGAGUAUCAGGGGCACAGUUUCUGGGACACGGAAAUGUGGAUGUUUCCUCCGAUCCUUUUGCUCGAUCCUGUGAAUGCACGUAAGCUUCUACAUUACCGAACACUCGUCACGGAAGCGGCCGCUGAUUAUGCUCGUGCGAACGGGUAUGAAGGUUGGCAGUAUGCCUGGGAGUCGGCUUUUACGGGGCGCGAAGUGACACCGGACCAUUGUCCACAGGUACCGGAAUAUCAGCAUCACAUAACAGCUGACGUGGCGUACGCGGCCCGACUAUACUAUUACGCAACGGGUGAUAUGGACUGGUUGCGUACGGACGCAUGCCGGCUGGCAUACGAAACGGCACGAUUUUGGAAAAGCCGGGUAGAUUAUAAUGCCGAAACAGAUACGUUCGACAUUGGACGGAUUAUGGGUCCGGAUGAAGACCAUCACAAUGUCACGAACAGUAUCUACACGAAUGUGAUCGCUGCGCACAACUUGUUUUUCGGUGCGUUCGUUGGCUGUCACUGUCGGGCGUCACUACCGGAUGCUUCCGAGGAAGAGUUUGCCCAGUUCCUACGGGUAGCGAAAAGUAUCACACUGCCGUACAACGCGCAAUACGAUGUGCAUCCGGAGUAUAAGGAGUACACGUUCGGUACGCAAAUCAAGCAAGCUGACGUUGUGCUUCUCGGGUACCCAUUAGAGUUUCCAAUGAAAGAGUCAACGAAGGCAAACAAUCUGCGACUCUACUCGAUGGUAACGCGCCCCGAUGGACCAGCCAUGACUUGGGCGAUCCACACGAUUGGUCAUCUCGAUUUGAACGAGCUGGAUCAUGCAGCGGCCAUGUUCCGCAAGAGCUACCAACAGUACCUGCGUGCACCGUUCCACGUUUGGAGCGAAAAUGGUGAGGGUGCCGAUGGUGCCGGAAAUUUUAUAACCGGUGCCGGAGGAUUUCUACAAUCCCUCAUCAACGGAUAUGCAGGUGUUCGGCUAAGACACGGAAAGUUGGUGAUUCAUAAUCCUCGGUUACCGCCAGGAACGACGAGACUCUUUCUACCACAGCUAAACUUCGGUGGCGUACAGUUCGCACUCGACAUAGGGCCAAACAGUUUUCGUAUUACGUUUGGAUCCGGGACGCAAGAUUCCUUUGAAGCUUUGAGUCUGCUAGUGGACGGACGGCUGUUUACGACGGCGCAGCUUAUUGCCAUGGCAGUGGUCGUUGGAUUGCUUGGUGUGCUGUACAGCAUUUAUGCAGCACUCCGCCGCAAGCGUACCCGUGGUAAAGUGACUGAAAAGCAAAUCAUGAGCAAAAGACUUCGAAAGAAACAAAAAAGUAAAUCAGCAAAAUAAAAACGUUUUACGAUCGGAUAA